AGCCUUUUAUGCAUUUACAGAAAGAAUAUUUUUUUAAUUGCAAGUUAUUCAAAUAAUUCAGUGAAUAAUUUGAUCAAAUCUGAGCAUCGAUUGGGAGAUGGAAAAAGGAUGAAAACUUAUUUUCCUUUUUUGGGUUUAUGAGUAAAAACGAGGUGUGAGGGACUUUCAACCAGUUCUAAAAUCAUGAGGGGGAGGGGGACCAGAAAUAAAGAAGAAAUAUCUGAAAAAAUGUAUAUUAAGCUGUGUAUCUUAAAUCAAUUGUUUCAAUAUAAUGCAUCCCCAUUGUUAGCAAAAAGCACACAAUUGAGCUUAAAGAACAUAUUUAAUUGCAAAUCAGUAACUUGAUGGUUAUCAACCAAGAGAAUUAACCAGAUUAAAAUUGGUGAUUAAAAUUACUUUGAUUUAUAUCAGUUCACCCUGUCCAAACCAUAUUGACAAAAACAUGUCUAUCUCUGUACUAGCAGAUUUGGACUGUAGAUGAUAUCAGGCAUUUACUACUAUGAGUUUACUACAUUGGCUGUAGUGUCUGAGGACUUGUACUUAAAAGAUCCUGGCCUGCUGAGUAUUCAUGUGGGGAGUCUGGAUCUAUGUGAUAAACCAUUUAUAAUUAUGGUUUUACAGCACUCAAAACAUUCUGUCUUGAAGGCAGCAUUAAAGGAAUGUUAAAAUACAUCUCAAAUCAAGGUUGCUUCUAAAGCCUUAAUAUGGCCCCCUUACACAGAUGCAUUAAGGCAGUGGUUCUCAACCUAUUUGCCACAGGGGGCCACAGCUCUCAAUGUGUUAUGUGGGCUGCACCCACACAACUUACUUCCUGUGUAUCCAUUUAACAAGAGGUCACAUGAGCCACAGCAGUGUGCUGAUUGGGCUGUAGGUUAAGAACCACUGCAUUAAGGUAUUUAUUUACGUGAUCUCUCACUUAUUUUUGCCAGGCACACUGAGUCCCUUUUUUCACCACUCCCCUCCCCCUCCACUACCCAUGGGACUGGAAAGCAAUGAAAAACCCAGCAUUUUCAAAGUUGGCUUCAUUAUCCUGGUGCUCAACAAGAGACGUGUUUGUCCAGAUUUCCAAAUAUAUAAAGAACUUGCUGUAGCAGAAUAUCAGUGGCAGUUUUAGUUGGAACAUACGUUUUGUUAUAGAGUACUAAGUACUUUGAAAAUCCAGGCUCUAGGCUUCUCAAGUUAGACAUAAAAAUCAGUGAACGCUUGAUAAUAUUGAUUUUUGAUUUCUGUGCCUCAAUUUUAAAAUAAGGACUAUGGUCAUUUAUAGACAUGCUCCCAGGAGGUGGGGGGAGGGUGCUUAUAUUAAUGAGCCACACUAAUUAAAAGUGCCUGAGUGUCACGUGUAUCAGCAACCCUGCACUGAAAAAUGGUGGUGGUGCGCUGUGAACUAAACCUUAUCAAGUGAGCUUUAAAUUAAAGAGCCCCGCCUUUUUUUUUUUAGAGGAGGGAUGCUGAUACACAUGACACUGGAGGCUGCUGGAGCGUGUUAAUUUCUGUGCUCCGAUGUACUGGAUUUAUAGCACAUUGGAACAGCCUAGCUGCAUGUCUACAGGAGCCCUAGAAUUCUAGUUAAUCUCAUAAGGGUGUUGUGAAGAUAGAUUUACUAAAUUAGGAUUUUGGGAACAGAUAAAGGUAUUUAACUUCAGUGAGAUGUUAGAUGUCUAACUAUCUUUGUGGAUCUGAUGCUAUGAUGAGAGCACCCUAGAAAAAAGUUUUGAGGAAAAUUAAUAAUUCUCUAGUCUGUGCUAAUGCAGUGGGAACUGGGGACUGCAAUAUGCGUUCUAAGUGUUGGUAGGAAACCAAAAGCUUCCUAUGGGUUCAAAGGGUAAGGAAGUCAGCAAGGUAAUCUUCGUUACUAGGAGCCCCUAAAUGGGUUUUGGGAAUCAGCAAGGUAGUGAAGGAAGUCAUCUGUGCUCUUUGAGACCUGCCUCCUCUGUCUUGGGAACCACAAGAGAGAGAUGGGAGUUUCCUUCUCUCUUUCUCACUUUCAAGUCUUCUAGUUCUUCUUUACCACCAUCAUUCCUGCAAAACCUAUGAGGGCUAUAGGAAUUUGAUAGGAAAGGUGCUGCUUGGCUCUGCAGAAAAUUUGUGAUCCCAAGUACCCUCAGGAAUUCACAGACGUUGGACUUCCUUUUUGAAGACUCCAAGAGUUCAGUAUCAGGGCCUUUCUUCACAGCACUGGAUGGAAAUGGAAGGUAUGAUAACUGGGGGUGCCUAUAUACGUGCUCCGGGGGGCAUUUUAAUUAGAGUGGCUCUUGGGAGCUACUCUGAUUAAAAUGUCUGUAGCAUCUCGUGUAUUCAGCAUCCCAUAUUUAAAUGGUGGCAGGGGCACUUUAACUAAAGCCCCUGCCUCCAUUUUGAAAUGUGGGUCCCUGAAUACAUGAGAUGCUGCAGCACGGUGGAGCAUUCUAAUUAAAAAGGUCCAGCAGACUUGAUUAAUUGAGUCUACACCAACAUGUUGUAAUUGGAACUCAUUGCGGCCUGUGUAAAAGUGUCCUGGAAGACUAAGGGGUUGUUAGACCUCCCUAGACUUUCUGGAGCUAAAACCAACAAAACUGCCUAUCCUAUGGUUGAUAGAAACUCCUGUCUGUAGAAUGGCUAAAGAUCCUUUCCAUGUAUUUAGAGAAAAAUCUUUAUGAUGAAGUCAAACUUGCCACAUUUAGGCUGAGUUUGUGUUGUAUCUCAAGAAAUUUAUUUAUUUAUGCAAUUUAUAUGCUACUCAGGGCCGCUAACAGUAAGAGAACAGAUCAACUUAAAGGGCGACUGAAACAUCAAAAACACAGACCAGAGACCCACUAAACAACAUCAUGGCUCAGCUUUGUUUGCUAAGUACUUGCACAAAUAGGAAGGUCUUGCAGUGCUUCUGAAAAAUGGUCUCAAGAGUAGCAGAGCUGAGGAACAACUGCUGAGAAUGACCUUCCACGGUUACUUGCCAGAUUGACUUGAUGUAUUCAUGGUAUUUUCAGGAGUAUAAAAAGACUACCUUGUGGUUGAUAGAAAAAGAAAAAGGAAAUGCAAACAGAGUUGUGCUCCUUAAAGGAACCCAAACUCCCUUAAUACAGCUUUCAGAAAGAUCCCCUCAGAAAAUAAGAUAUUUAUAUUGCCUUAUUCAUUCCAAGCAUGUUUCCUGUAAAUCUCCAUAUAGACAAGAUUCACUUAAUUAUAUAAUGGCUGUGCCACUUAACAGUUUUAGUCAUACAGCACACCUGUAAAAAGACUUUUGCCAAUUACCUUUUUGAUUAAGAGCAUUUUUAAGAGAAGAGUCUUUUAUUCACUCAUUAAGUGCCUAAUCCUGCCAAAUGCCGACAGAAUACAACUGGGCAUGUGAAAUGGCUCAAUCUCUUUAAUGCAGCAUGAGGACCAGUUUUUCAAGUGUCACUAAAUACAAAGUUUCUUGGGUACAGAUUUUGUAUGGUCAGUUGGGUAAUCAAUCAACCUACUUGCACUAAAAAUUAACCUGGUAACAAAGCAGCACCCUCUAUCAGAUAAAUGACGCUGAAACGAAGCUGGUUUUGUUUACUGCAUGCCUUUAGUACUCCAUAUGCAAAAAAGGAUGGUAGGGGUUGUUUGUUUUGUUUGUUUGUUUGUUUCCUCAGGGCAAAAUUACCAUAGUUUUUAUGCCUUAUUUGAGAAGUUCAGUCUUCACUCUGUAUUUCCUGCAUUUCUUACCGUAACAUUCUUGAAAGGUAAUAUGCAAUCACACUUCAUCUUGUACGUUUAUUGGUUUGCAAAUGAUUUCAUUGGAACCCAAUGCAGUAAAGGAAAGAAAGUGAUAAAAUCGAUGUCAACUUUUACCAUAGUGUAUAAUUACAUACAACUUUCUUAUGACCUGUCACUUUCUCCACGUAGACAGGCAUAGCUGUAGUGGAUCAACUAUUUGGCUAUAGUUGUGUUGGUAUAACAGCUCUAUCUGAAUACGAUAGUCCCUAAAAAGGUGACAUUAUUCUGGAAUAAUUACUGCACAUUGAGGAUGGUUAAACUACAUAAAACUUAGGUCACCAUAUUUUUGAAUGAGAAUAUCCAUACAAGGUCAUUAUACAAGGUAACGUGUGUUACCUUCGUAACUUUAGUUUAUUUGCCUUAGCUUUGUGAGUAUCUUUGUAUAGACAGUCUCCUGGAGACAAGUAAUCACUUUGAUAGCAGAAUGUAUGUCUGUUGAUUAUAUUACCUUUAUUGUAGACUAUACGCCUCUACAUUAUUGCAUUUCUGUAUUCAUUGAUUUAAAUAGUAGUUUUACUUUCAUUUAUGCAAAUAGAAAUGUAUGCACAAGCCUUUGUGAUCUUCAUAGAUGAAUAAUAUCAAUUGUUCAAUUAAAAAGGGUAUUUUUUCAUGUGCUUUUUAAAAAAUUAAAUGGGCUCAGAAAAUCCUAUUUUACUUUUCGAUAAGAUUCAGUUGCCCUGUGUGUUAAGUGACAAAAGAAAGUUAUCCUUUAUUUUGAUAUCAGAACAUGAAAAUAUGGAGUAUUUUCCUCUCCAAAUUACUUUCUCCCAUCAGAGGAUCAAGCUAAAUUUUUAGCUUUAAGUCUUGCCCUUUUUUUAGGUUAUUGAGAGGAAUGAAAUAAAACAAUCCUGCAAUGUUAGAUUUAAGUACAGGUUCAACAGCAUCCCAACAAGUGGAGGCAUCUGUAGCUUGGAGUGCUACAUCCUGUAUACACCCUAUCUUCUUGUUAGCAUUAUUCCUAAGAAACCAUGUAAAAAGGACUUCAGAUGUACACCUCUUUUAAUUUUAUUAUCCUGUAUCUGUAGACAUAGUGGUCUAGUAACUGGUUCAAAUAACUUCUGGGGAGGAUAGCAUAACCCCAACACUCUUUGAUCUUUUGCCAGCCAAACCCAAUACCCAUAUCUUCUAUCUAGAACACCUUUCCUGUACAAAUCCUGUUCUGGCCUUAUACCUUUCUCUUCUCACCUUUUAUUGUCUUAUAUGGGGAACAGGUUAGGAACCAUAUAGCUACUUCUUUCCCCAAAACUCUGGAGGUAAAAAGCUAAUCGGUAAGAGCUGCUUUCUUCAUCUGGACUAUUCGUUAGGGUAUAUUUUCUUUGUAUCUGGUAGCAACAAUACAGUUGGGUUGCUCCUGCAGCCAACUCUGAACAACGGAAGUCAGGUUAUUCAUAAUUGCAAAGACUUCAGGAUCUUGAAUGGAACAUCCCAAUUUUCUAGCUGGAAGUGAUCCACCCUCUGAAGGUUCUGUAGUUCAGAAGAGAAUCCUUUUAUCUGUAAAUUCAGUUGUGAGUAGAUUAGAACAGUAGCCAUCUGGGGUGGAUCCAGGUGGGUGCAGUGGUGCUGUAGCACCCUGCCCCCUUUCAAUUCCUGAUCCACUCAAAGUUUAAAACCACCUAUUUGGCAGUAAGAUCAGCAUUUCUAUUCAGGUAGCAGGGAGAGAGUUACUUGACUUCAUGGCUGAUUAUAAUCUAUCUGAUUCCUUUCAAAUUCUUCAUGUCACAGAUGUUAACAAUCCUGUCUGUCCUUUUUAAUGGUCCUGAUGUUCCACUAAUAAAGCUACCUUUCUUCUGCAGUUCUGUUAGCUGCUUCUGGUACUGUAACUCCUGUUUCACUGUCAUGUAGAAUGUUUUUAACUAGCCGAAAACAUUAACUCAGGUGUGGAAACAUUAAUUCAGGAGAACUCGGGGGUGGAAAUAACUUUCAGUGAAGCAUUGGAUGCACUGUCAAGAUGCUCAAGAAGGCUAGAUUUUUUUUGUUUAUGAAUCUGAAAAAUAUUUAAUUCUAAAGACUGCAGGACUAAUGAAACAACAUAUUUUGAUUAUUUUUGCCUAGUUGUGUUUAUUGUAAGUGAUCAUACAGCAAAUCAGUGUAUAUUCCAGUAAACAAAUAUAAAGAUAUAUUUGUUUUUGUUCCACUCUUAAACUGAAUAAUACAUCCAUAGGCCUUUAGCAUAUUAGUAAAGCUUCUAGUUUAUUUUUAACUGGAUAAAAAUGUGUGUUGUGUUAUAUGUAAUGAUGCACCACACCAUCUGCACUCCACUUUUCAAAAUCCUAGAUCCACCCAUGUAGCCAUCCCUCAGUAUCAAGCUACCACCCUGAAUGAGUUUCUAACUAAGGUGAAUUUGAAGGCUACAAAAUAUCCUUUCAUAAGGGAUCUUUAUGUAGUUGUAGAAAAAAGGAUGUCCGGAUAUGUGGGGCUUUGGUAGAUCAGAGAAAGUCUGGUGCUGUUGUGUUUUUGUCAUCUUGAGGAUUUGGUUUUGCACUAUACAAUUAAAGUUUCAAAACUCAAAUUCACAUGCCACCCCAUCUCCAUUUUAAAAAUUUGCCCCUCCCCAAUCUUUAGAGAAAUUGUAUAAUUAGACAUGUAGAGUCCUUUUUUUUUUUUCAGAAAGUGAAGAAAUAAAAUUAUUUUAAAUCUCAAUUAUGUGUGUUAAGCUAUUUCACUAAAUGGCUUCCAUACAGUGCUAGUGUCCUGACUAUUCCGAAGAUAAUUUUUUUCACCAUAAACUCUGAUUGGAGUAAUUAGAUUUUGGAUCACUGGGGUGUUGCUUUUAGCAUUUUCAGGAACCAUGUUUCUUGGUGCGUGUCCAUAAUUUCUGCCUCACUACUCUUAAAAUUAGUAUUUAUUACAUCAAGCAUAAUUAUAUUAUAUUUAAUAAUAUUUAAGCUAAUUUCAAGUGAUCAUUUUGGCAAAGAUUUUUGUAUUGUCUAAUAAGUCAGUGCUUUAUCCUGUUAUUUCAGUGCAUAUGCUAUGAAUAAGGCCACAGAUUCCUUACAUUUAUGUUUUGCAUAUCUUAUCAUGUGGUACGCUGUUUUUUUCCCCCCCAAUAAUAACAAUAGUUGAAUUAAUUUUAAUAAAACACUAUUAAGAAGGAUAUAAACAAGCUGGUUAGCAUUUCUUGGCUCCAUAUUUGAUUUGACAUGGAAGAGCUUUCUUCAAGACAGUCUACCAUUAUUCCUGUUUUGCUGCCCUUUGACUUUUUCAAAUAUGCCUUUCUGUGCCCAAGCAGUUCAGGGAAUAAAUUCUAAAAGUUCUGUAAUAUUUGCUUUCUUGCUGCAUUUACUGACAAAUUCAAAAAGGUAGGCACUAAAGGUACUGAAAAUUCAGAUAAUUAAAUUGCAUCAUUUUAUUGAUUUUUAGCACAGUUUAUUCUAUUUUAAUGAAAUACUGAAGUUGUAAAUGUAUUUCUUCAUUAGAAAUGUUUAGUAUUCUGUUCUGUUAAAGAUUUUUUUUUCCCAUUUCCAGCUGAUAGGCUGUUUGUCAAACAGUAUUGUGUUCUGAAUUUCUCCUUGUUGGUUCAUAGGUCUGUAUCUUCUGUGGAACAAUGACCCUGGAAUUCAAUCUGCUGGAAUAAGACAAUGACCUCUACUACCAGAUGAAAGCAAAGGAAUGUUUGAUCUCACUUAUGAUGAUUUGACAUUAUAAUCCCUACAUUAACCAUGAUGGCAACACAGACAUUAAGUAUAGACAACUAUCAAGAUGGACAACAAAUGCAAGUAGUAACAGAGUUAAAAACUGAACAAGAUCCAAACUGUUCUGAAACUGAUGCAGAGGGAGUGAGUCCUGCCCCUGUAGAAUCUCAGACGCCAAUGGAUGCAGACAAACAGGCCAUUUACAGGCACCCAUUGUUUCCCUUGUUAGCACUAUUGUUUGAAAAAUGUGAACAAUCUACACAGGGCUCAGAAGGCACAACUUCUGCUAGUUUUGAUGUAGAUAUUGAAAAUUUUGUAAGAAAGCAAGAGAAGGAAGGAAAACCGUUUUUCUGUGAAGAUCCAGAAACUGAUAACUUAAUGGUAAAAGCAAUCCAGGUUCUACGUAUUCAUCUGCUAGAGCUAGAAAAGGUUAAUGAACUCUGCAAGGAUUUCUGUAGUCGUUACAUUGCCUGUCUGAAAACUAAAAUGAACAGUGAAACUCUACUAAGUGGAGAACCUGGAAGUCCUUAUUCCCCUGUCCAAUCCCAGCAAAUUCCAAGUGCCAUUGCCGGCACACUCAGUCCCCAAGGGAUUAUGGUGCCUGCAUCAGCAUUGCAGCAGGGAAAUGUAACUAUGGCAACUGUAGCAGGGGGCACAGUGUAUCAGCCAGUCACAGUGGUUACUCCACAAGGUCAAGUAGUGACACAAGCGCUGUCACCUGGGACAAUUCGGAUCCAGAAUUCCCAGGAUAAUACUGCAAGAGAACUACCAGCACGACCUCUACAGCUUCAGUUUCAGUUAAACCAAGAUCUAAACAUCUUGCAUCAAGAUGAUGGCUCAUCAAAAAACAAAAGAGGGGUUCUUCCAAAGCAUGCUACAAAUGUGAUGAGAUCAUGGCUUUUUCAGCACAUUGGGCAUCCAUAUCCAACAGAAGAUGAAAAAAAACAGAUUGCAGCACAGACAAAUCUGACACUACUCCAGGUUAACAAUUGGUUUAUCAAUGCUAGAAGGCGAAUUCUUCAGCCAAUGCUGGAUUCCAGUUGUUCGGAAACUCCAAAAACAAAGAAAAAAACAGCUCAAAACAGACCAGUUCAGAGAUUCUGGCCUGACUCCAUUGCCUCAGGAGUUGCUCAGCAGCAGUCUAAUGAACUUACAAUGUCAGAUGGAGCAGUUGUAACAAUUACAGCUCCCGUCAACAUGAAUGUAGACAGUCUUCAGUCCCUGUCAUCUGAUGGUGCUACUUUGGCUGUUCAGCAAGUUAUGAUGGCAGGGCAAAGUGAGGAUGAAUCUGUGGACAGCGGUGAAGAUGAUGGAACAGACCUCUCAACAACAAACAUCAGUGGGCUGGUCUUGGAUAACAGUGAUUCUCUGCAGUAGGAAGCAAGAGAAUGUGACAGAGUAUUUAGGAAAAAGAAUGGACUGACUGACUGUUUUUCUAGUUUGCACAGCAAACAUUUUACACAAGUUUUAUUUCUAAUAUGUUUUAUAUGUAGAUAUAGAAGGGUGCACUUUUUUGUAUUUCAUAGUAAGCUGAAAGAGUGUUUUUGCAGGUGCAGCGACUUCUUUCAAAUGUGUUGUUUGUUUUUUUUGUUGUUGUUUUUUUUUUUCCAUUUCUUUUGGCUUUUUAUUUCAAAAAAUGAAAUCUACUAAAGUAAUGAACCACAUAAACACCCCGUUCUUCUCUUAGAUUAAUUGAAAGUGCUAUAAUUUUUAAAGAAUUAUGCAGUUUCAAUUAGUGUUGUUACUUAAUACAGCUCUUGGUGGGCUAAUGAUGUAAAUUUUAAAGCAUGUGACACUAGUGCGUGGAACUUGGUCAUUGAGUUAGACAGACACAUUUGAAAGAUGCUUCUGCACCUUAAAAACUGCCAGUCUGAGGUGGGCAACAACACACGCACACACGAACACAAAGAAAAUGGAGAAGUGUGAUUCAAUAGCGAAUGUAUGGCAAUUUAAAUAAGUUUAGUUUCUCUCAUAGUCAGUGAGCCUGUUUAUCAUUUGGUAUAAAAACUCCUAUUUUUACCUUAUCGGGAUUAUUGGAUAAAAAAAAUAUUUUUAUAAAUUCAUUAAGAAUUGGGAUGAUGACUGUAUUGAGCAUGAGAGAAAUUUCCGGAGGGGUAAAAUAAAAGUUUAGUAGUCCUAUUUGGAAGGUUCUGAAAACUGACCAAAUUUAAUAAACAUACAUAAUGCUAGUGUUCUAUGGUUCUCUGCUAUCCCACAGUGGUAUAGUAUAUUUGAUAAUAGCAUAAGAGGGGCCCACUGUUUGAUGGGAUUUUGAUAUAGUCAAACUCUGAUUUAUAUUAUGUGUAAACUAAUGCUCAAAUUACAUUUAACUCUGUAUCUAAACUUGUAUCUGAGGAUAUUUGCUAAAUAGAUAUUCAGGUAAGUAAGUACAAAUACCCACAAUAUUUCAAAUAGUCAUUAGAGAAAUUUAACAGUUUACAGUUUUUCACUCUGAUUUUGAAACAUGAAAUGUUGACUUAUGCAGUGACUGAUUUUUUCCACUUCUGCUAUGUCACUGCAUUUGAAAAACAUUUUACCCUGUAUACAAAAGAAAAAAACACAUAAUUUAUAGAUUAUAUAAAGGUCUCUUCAAAUCUGAAGGUUACAAGAAUAUAAAACAGGCUUCUUAGAUUAUGAAAACCUUCUCUGUCAUUGUCAAAUUUAUUAGAACCAGUGAUAAAAACAGAUGUAUUUGUGAUAAUGGUUAAUUUCAGUUUAUUUACAGACUUGGAGUUUUGUAUGGUUAUUCAUACAUACCUAUUGACACUUGACAUUGGAAGUUUGUAUUGCCCAUUUUUAAAUACAAAUAACAGCAGAUCAUGGGAGUCUUGUGGCAUGAUAGAAAUGCUCUUCUGUAAGUGCAUUUAUUGUACCUGGGUUUUGUAGCAAAGCCAGAAAGCUGUUUUCUGAAUUAGAACGCGGCUAGCUUUAUCUCCAACAGGACUGUAAGGAAAAGUGCUAGCUUUGAAUCAUAGGGUCUGACUGAGCAAAGGACUUAAGUGCAUAACUUCAUACGCCUGCCUAAAGCCAUUCCUGUUUCACCUAACAUUCAGGUAUGUGCUUCAGCUUAACUUUAAACACAUGCUUAAAUCCAUUGUUGAAUCAGGGCCUUAAAUGCUGUCUUACUGGUCAGUUUACAGGCAGUGUGCACAGAGACCUGAAAAGGAGAUGCCAAAAAUCGUUGUGUGUACAUAGAAGAAAACAUAUUUUUCCAAUUUUUUGAAUUGGCAUCAGACUUUACUCAGCGUUGGCAUAAGCAAAUGACUUUCCUGUAGCAGUACUCACUUCCACCUAUGAUGAAUUUGGCCUGUUGCCUCAGCUGCAGUGACAAGGGACUCUGAAAUUUAAAGAAAAUGCUAAAAGUGUAUCAUGAAAAAUUAAAUUAUGAAAACUGUGAUAUAACAUAACUGAUCUAAGAGAUAGUGUCAAGUCAAGUUUGACACACAAAUUUAAAAGGCGGAAUCAACUUUAAGUCAGACAUCUCUAAAAAAGGUUCUACCUAUGACUGUUGCAAAGGGCACCUGAGAUGACUAAAACUGAGACAAUGAAAGAAAAUAUUUCUUCUCUCUUUCUUUACUCCAUCUGCUUUUUGCUUCUGUCAGCACUUUGUAUUUUCAUUGUUUCCAUUGCUUAGUAAUUUUUUCCAUUUGAUUUGUGUGGGUUUCCCACACAACAAUAGGUAAAUGGGGCAACAUUUUAGGGCUUGAUUCAGCAACCGUUGCUCACAUUUAAUAGCAUGUUAACCCUCCAGUGCUGCAAGCACUUAUGCAGAUGAGCAAAUGUGAAUAAGGCUGGCAGAAUCAAGCCCUCAAAAGAGAGAGGGAGAAGGGGGAAGAGAGAGAGAGAAUAUAAUUGUUUAUUACAAAACAUUGUGGCAAGGGGUUCAUAGAGAAGGGGACUCGCUAGUUGAAAGUAACUAUAUUUCAAGCAGAUGAUGUCCUCUUUGAUUUCAUGAGAGAAGGUUUUAACAAAGCCUUACACAAUUAAAUUAUUUUUCAUGGAUUUUUUUCUUCAUUCCAAUAUAGUUUUUAAUCUCUUGUGGAAUAAUGACAGAUAACGUUCAGUGAAAUGUGAAGUUGAUUAGAAAGUUAUCAUAGAGAAAGAAAAUGGACUAAUCAAUUUUUAUUACAAAAUCCAAAAGAAUUGUCAAAAGUAGACAUCAGAAUGAAACAAAUUAUAUUCAUAAAGUUAUUGUAGUUGUAAUAAUUUUCCAUUGAAAUCAUUUUGAAGUUUGCAAUUAAUUUGAAUAGACUGAGGACUGAGUCCAUGAAAGGACUUUUGUCCUUUCCAUGAGUAAAAGAAAGUGGUGAGAUUUUUUUUCCAUUUUUAAACAGGAAAAGAAUUCACGAAAGCACAGCUGUUUAGGAAGGGUACUUGAGCAAUGUAAGGGCUUAGCACAUAAACAUCUAUUUAACUUCUUCCCAAAUGAGAGUCAUAGUCAUGCUGUAAUAAAAAGACAAGCUAGUUUUAAAAGUCAUGUGCUUAAAAGCAGCCAGCAUGCAAUUGUGAAUAGUUUGAAAAUAUUUGAAAACUGUAGAAAUCCUAUUUGUUACCUCAAAGUAAAUUAACUCAGUUAAAACUUUUUCAGGAAGCCCAUGUUUUAAAAAAAAUAGACCUUUUAAAAGUCAUUUUUUCUGAGCUAUCAUGGUAUAAUAUAAAACUUUCUGAAUGAAUAAGCAAUAGCCCUCAUUAUCAAAUUAUCAAAUCUGGCUACUAGGUCAAAGUGCAUCCUUUAAUGCAGGACUAUGUGAGCAUACAGGUUUGCAGGCCUUUCUGUGGGUGUGGACCCCUGCCCUGAAGGUUUUUAUGUAAAAGAAAACCACUACUUACUACUCCCUAACCUAACAGAAAAGUGAAACAUAUUCAGGUGUCUGACUUCAUUAACUUUAUCAGUGAAAGGGAUAAACCAAAUCUUUCCAAGGACUUUAUGAACCUGCAGUGUUUAAAAAGACAUUUUGAAAAUUGUGCAAAAUUUAAAACAGAUGCACUUUGUUGGAAUGAGGUUAAUUAAAGGUAUUAAUUAUUUGAUUUCUGAAACCACUUCUCCUUGGAAACGAUGAUUAAUCAUUCUGUCUAUGCAAGAUGAAAGUCAUUUAUAGGUGCUCAAUCAUUUGAUUUGUGACUCGGUCAUUUUUAGGUGCUCUGUUUCUGUUGUAUUUUGAACCUCUUAUUUUGAUGAAUCUUACCUACACAUUUAAUUUAAAUUCAGUUGAAUUUUAAGGCUAACUACACAAAAAAUAAUUAAGAAAACAUAUUGGAAACAAAAGUAACCUUCUUCCCCCUUGUGAAAAUCUCACAUGUUAACAUGGUUCUCAAUAGUGCAGUUUUUAAAUUUCUAAACCAUUCUCCCUUCUGCCAUGGUAAAUGUAAUGUAUCCAGACUGGAAAUUCCUCCUGCAAAAAAACAAAGCUAGCCAAGAAAAAAUAAUGAGUCUGCAAGUUUAGCUGCUGUGUUCAAAAGAAAGCAAAACCUAAACCUGUAUUAUUUAUAAAUUGAGUAUAUAGCUUGAAAGAUCCUCCUGGAUUCUCUUUGCUCUUUAUUGAAUUUUGUUUUUUCAGUAUAGAUGGAAUAAAAAAGGCUGGCUUUGCUGAACCCAAAUCAGAUUUUCUGGGCUUGCUAAAACCAUUUUUUUUUUUCUUCUUCUUCUUCUUCUUCUUCUUCUUCUUAUUUUAAUCAUAAAAAUAGUUUACUUUCUCACCAAGCAUGAAAUAUAGUGAAAGAUGGCAGAAGUAUGCAGCUAAAUGGUCACCCUGUGUGUCACCUGGAUGUAUAAACAUAUGUUCCCUUCUGUGAUUUAAUUCUUUAGGACUUGCUGACUGAUCCUACCAUCCUUUGAGGGAAAGCACUCCAUUGUUCUUACAGAAGCAAACUUGCUGAUCUUGUAACACUGUCAAGAUAUCUACCCAGUGUUAUUGCAGUCCUAUGUUUUCAGAUAGUAACAGAAGUGAUCUAUCAAUUAGCCUUUGUUCUAUCAACAUUUGGUCUAUAAUACUGACAAUCUUUAAAAUGUGAACCUUGUAACCUUGGUUUUUCCUGGAUUGCUGUCUUGUGAGGGAUUUUGUGAAGCAACGGAUCUAUCAAAGGAAAAAGAUUCAUAAUCAAAAUGUGCUUCAUAGAUGGUGACAUUUUUUCUGAUCUGAAAAAGCACGUUGUCUUAUCUUUUAAAAGCAAAGCAUUGCUUUAAUUAGUGUUAGCAGUAUAGUUUAGUUUAAACUCAUACAUAUUUUCAGGUGUCUUAAACGUAGCUGAGAAAUUUCAUUUCAAACUAGUUACCUAAGAUUUCUAGCCAGAAACAAUUUUGGCUGUUUGUUUGUUUGUUUACACAUAUGCAAAAAAUGUUUACUAGUUCUUAAUGGUUUGGAGGUUUUUAUGUUUUUGGAAUGCAGAAGCAGCUUUGAAAGCAAGACUUAAGCAGGUAAAUAAUCCAUGUGUGUGAUUUGUUUUUGUUGUUUUUAAAAUUGUUAAUUAAAAUGGCAUGGACUUCGAACUUUCAAAAAUGGCUUCCAAGCAUGUAUGGUAACAACUUUUUCAAAACCAUUCAAAUGGAUUUUUCCUGUUCAGUGCAGUACAAGUUCCAUGUGCCAACUUUUUUCUUUUUAUCAGGUAGACUGUAAAGGAUUUCCAGAUCUACCAUGUGGUAUUAGAUUAGAGAAUUUCCCUUUAAAAGGUGAAUAAGUUUCUUACGUGAUGCCCGUAACUUUUCUUUUAGAGUCAUUGCUCUGUUGGAUAUGUAAUUACAAGUUGAGAAUUAAUUUUUUUCAAGGAAAAGAGGGCUUUUGUGAUUUACUUCAUAGCUCCAUUAUGCAUCUCUGAUACAAAAGUUUUGGAUCUCAGUACAGAGGAUAGCUACAUCCUAUAAAUAGGUUUCUUAAAGGGUUAAUCUAUGCUUAAUUGAUCUCCUAGACAUGAGCAAUAUGCAUUAUAGAUGCAUCAAUAUUUUUCAUUUAUUUAUUAUGUUUAAGUGUGAUAUUAAAAACACAUAUUCAAAGCUCUGAGUUCUCUGCCAAUAAUUAAACUUAGAAUUAUUACCUGCUAAUAAAAUUGCAAAUAAAUAAAUGAAGUCCCCCCAAUAGCAAUUUAUGUAACAAUUUCACUCAGGCGGCAGACAACAUCAAUUUAAAAAAAAUGUCUAGAAAAGGCCCUUCUCCUGAAGUUAUACCCAAGAGCAUGCACAUACAUCCUCAUUCUUCUUCCUUGUUGUCCUACCCUUUCCUCUUCCCCCUCAAAAAAACAAACCAAAACGACAAAAAACAACUAUCAAACAAAUGGCUUCAUUAUAAGUAAUUAUAGGUGGCUGAGAGCCACGGUUAUAAAGGAGCUAUUGCUCUAUUUGGCUCUAAGUAUGAACCACAUAUAAAACUACCUAGUAAACCUUUUUAACUCUCUUAUAAUCUAUACGUAUACUCUUUCUUAUAAAGCAUGAGUAAUAUUUUAAACUAACAUUAGAAAAGGAAAUUUAGAUGCACAAAACAUUUCUAAGAUAAGAUUCAAGCAGACACAAAACUCUUAAGUGUUCUACCAGAUGUUUAGUCUGUCAUCCAUUCACCAGUGCCUAGGGUAUUGUAUGACACUCAAGUACCCCGUGCUGCAUUACUUGCAUACUCAGAAUUCCUAGUAAAGUCCAUAAAAGUUUUGAAUAUGCCAAGAAUGCAGUAAAAUCAACUUUCGAGAGACCCCUGCAAAAUCUAGAACCAAUAGGAUGGUAUUGGGCCAGAUUUAGCUAGCUCUACUGAUGCAAAAAAGGCAUAAUCCAAAACCCAUUGAAGCCAGUGGAAGUACUUCCAUUGACUUCAAAGACUUUGGAUCUGGCCUAAUUGUUCCCUUGACCUCUGUGAGGUCACCUAAAGCACAGAAGAUAAGACCCGGGAAGUGAUUUCCAAUCUUAUUUUCUCAGUACACUGCUUUUUCUGUCGGACCCUUCAUAUUGUGUGAUAUAUUAAAAUAAAAAAGAAAGGUUACUAGAAUGGAGUUGAAAGAAGAUAUUUGUUGUAAUCCACCCAUCUUUAUGCUUUGAGGGGUUUUUUUAAGUUAUGUGUAAAGUGUACAGAUGAUACAGAUGGACUCCUGAAGCAAUUGGUGAUUUGUUUAUGUACUACUAAACCUGCAAAAGAAAAUGAGGACUACAAGCUGACAAGAUGCUGCUUUUUCUUUUAAUGUUUAUCAGUUAUAUAUACUUCUGAUGAGGAAUACAGUUUUAUUACAAAUUUCACCUGCUCUUGCAGUUCUUAGCCUCUGUUAAUUCCAUUGUAGGUUGACGUGGGUAAAGACAGCAGAAUUGAGCCCUCUAUGCAUGUGAUCACAUAGCUUGCAAAAUCAGGAACUACACAUGUACAAGAUGUGGCUGUGCAAGGCACCUAAAGAUAUCUUUCUGCUUGGGUGAGACCCACGUUGAGCCCAUGUAGAAACAUUAGAUACUGCUUUUCUUUGAUUUUUUUUUUUUUUUUUUUUUUUUUUUUUUUUUUAGUAGGUCAAACUACAUGUCAACUAUACAUGAUUUCUUGAUACGUGGUGGGAUUGAAAAAAUGUUUUGCACUGUUGAUUUUCGUUAACUUUUUUAGUUUAGUGCUAUGGUCAAGCUACAUCCGAGACCUAACAAAAAUCAACACUUUAGAUCAAAUAGCAUUCUUUAGAUAACUCUGAAAAAUCCUCAAGUUGUACAGAAGUCAGAUAUUUGUUAGAUUAUAAAUGCAAUAACUGUUUUUUCUCUGUCAAAUAGUGCUGAAAAGGGUACUCGUGACUCAUUUUUUAAGGUAGUAUACUUUAUACUGCAGCAAAAUUACCAUAAGGAUUUAAACUGCUUGUAUAUGCGGCUUCCCUCCACACACCUCUCCUCUUGGAAGGACAUAAUAAUGCUCCUUGAUUACACAGCUGGGGAUUUCUUAUGCAUUUUUGAGACUGUUAUCAAUUCUGAAGACUUUUUUAUUAUGCCUCUGCAUACCACUGUAGGAUUUGGAACAUGAAACAUUUGAAACCAUCAAGCCCAAGUUGUUUAUAAUCAACAAUUUUGAAUAUUAAUUGUGGCUUAUUUUAAUUCAGUAUCAGAAAGAUUAGUGGAAAAUGAAGCAUUUGUUAGCUGAAGAUGCACAAUUUUAAAAUUAGUUCACUUGAAAACUAAAAUAAUGUGUAUAUAGUUUCCCAAAGUGAAUGUACGACAUUUUUGUAAUGUAUAUGCUGUUUUCUAAUGUUUUAGGUUGUGUUUGUGCUAGUAUCAGGUAUUAGGCACAAAAUAUGCAUAUUUUAAUACUUAUUUUGCAUAACAACAUAUGCACUGCUUAGGGAAAGAUUAUGCAAAAAGUAAAUUUAUUAAAUCGUACAAAGCCUAAUCUGGUGAAUUUUAUUAAAUUUAUAUGCAUAGUAAAUGACUAGAUGAAUACAUUGCAAUUUUGAACUUUCAGAAAUGGGAAAAUAUGUAAUUUACCAGCAGAUUUCAGUAUUGAGUGGUAGCCCUGAAAUUUGUGACCAGUAAAUCUGUCGUCUCCAGCUGCUCCUAUAACACUGAUUUGAUAUCUAAGCCCUAAAUUUAACUAUUAUUAGAGGGCUACAAAUAUAUUCUAAAUUGCAAUUCUGAAUGUUGACUUAUUUUUCUAAAUUUUUUAAAUAAAAAGGGACCAUGUGCCAUUUGUACUAUAUAUAGAUAAUAUGUAGCAGAUAAUUGGGAUUUUUCUACUUUUGAGCACAAACAUUAUUUUAACUUCCUUUCAUUUAUUCCUUUCAUUUCAAUUAACUUGAAACAUUUUUGUGUUAUACCAGUUAAUAUUAAAGCAAAUGGAUAUCAAAAUAACAAGAUCCCAUUUUAAAAAUCUACUUCAAAUUGGUGUUUGAUAUAGGUUGGUAUUAUGCUCACCCUAUUUCUCUUUUUAUGUGGACCCAUAUCUACAGAUUUUUUUAUCAUUGUAUAAUGUACACUUGUAGACAUAAUACAUCUCUACCAUGUCAACUGGUUUUAGCCAUUGGACUGGAGCAGUUAUUGUUAAAUGAAGCUCUUUUUUUUAACCCAUACAUUAUUCCAUAAUAAACAUUUUUGAGAGAGAAAAAUGUAAAACUUCCAGGCUUUCAAGAAAGUUUAAGGUGCAAAAGGAUUUUUGGAAAUGUACUGAGUACCCACUAAAACAUUUGCACUGCUUAGUUCAAUCGCUGUAGAAAAUACUGGCCUGAAAUAAAUAAGCAUAGACACAACUUCAAGAAAUAUUGUGUAGACAAGUACAUAGUUAAACUAGACAACGUUAAGGAGUAAAGGACAAUUCUAUUGCAACUAGAAAUACUAGUUGUGCUGAGAAUGUUACUUUGUUCACUUGUUUAGAGAGAAAAAGGAUUCUGACAUGAAGCUUUAUUAUGAAGCCUGAGAUGCUUAUACCAAAACUUCCCAUAAUAUGGUAAUGCAGUUGAUUAGAGAAUCUACUGGGAUCUGGCUAAUUAAAACACAGUAAAAUCUAAGGAGAAUGCCAGGCAGAGUCAACAGGAACAAACUAUCCAAGUUACCCUAACAUGAGAAAUAGUCCAAUAAUGUGCUGGCCGUACCCACAGAAAUGUGUUCUAAAACACGGUAACACUGCCUGUUUGCAAAAGGAGAAAAUAAGGAUUUGUUUGCACAGAUGCUUGGAGAAAGGAUGUUCAUUGUUCUCAUGCAAAUAUAUUGGUAUUUGUACAAAGGAUAUUCAUGCAAAAACAUGAUAAUGAAUUAUUUGCUAGUUGUCAGUUGUGUUUGCUAUUUAAAAUGUUAUCACACAGCCAAAGGGGCAGAAAUGAGACUGUGACAAAGAACCUUUUGCUCAACAAAGAGGGGAUAUUCAAAGAUGAAGUUACUUUGUCAGCUGAAGUUUGUAGAAUGCAUUAGUGAAUACCAUCAAAUUAUGAAUCUAUUUGCAAAUGAUUCUGAUUUCCUUAAUCUACAAACAAGAAGGAGGCCUACAUGAAUUGGUUAACAUAUUCAAUAACUAACAUCCUGUACAUUAUUUCAAGCUCCAUUUGUAUAAUUUUCAAAACCUGCCUAGCAUGUGAUUAAAACCUUUCAUGCAUUGA